GAACUAGAAAGAGGAACCAAAACCAGAAUAAUUAAAUUCACAUUACAGCAUACAAAAAUGGCUGCUAUAUUUUGAAAUAAUUUUGCACAAUAUUUACUUGAAGAUUUGCCCUAAAAUUAAAAGUGGUUUAUCUAUUUACAAGGCUUUCAGUAGACUUGAAUUUGACAUUACAGGGAACUACUAAACCUAUUUAUUAGCUAAGAGAGCAAUAAACAUUUUUACCACUGCUGUAAAAUCUCUUACAAACGGAUACAGCAUGCUUCAUAUUUUUGUUCUCCAUUCUUAUCCAUAAAGUGCUUAAAAACAGGGACAGACAUUUGCUGUGAGUGGUCGUCAUGCUCUAUAUGAUGGUCAGCAAGUUGGAUCAGUGUCAAUGCAUCAUGGCCAUCUGUGUCAUCUUAGUUUCCUAUGGUGAACAGAGGGCUCUAAUUUACAGCAUCACUGAUUGGCACACCAGAAUUGGUAAAUAUGAGGUUAUAAUCUUCUUUGCUCAAGACACCAAACUGUCUGAACUUACCAUGCCUUCUCUCAUGACAAUGUCAUAGACAUACAGUGAUAUCGAAAACCAGCUGUGAGUCAUGUGAACUGAAUCUAAAUGUAGUUCUGACCAACCUCACGUGUGAAAAUGCUGAGUGGCCAUUCAAGGUUCAUUAGAAAGAAAAAAAAGGAUCGCAAGAGGGAGAAAGAAAUUACACUUGCUUCAACACUAAUGAAAUACUGCAGCAGUGAGUCCCUAAAUAGGAGCUGGGUGGGUAACCACCACCUUAAUCUCUGCUGAAUAGUCUAGGAUCCUUUUCAAACUCGUCCUGGGCCCCCCAUCUCAAAAGAAAAAAGGACAGAGAAAAAGGAGGAGUGGCAGGGGCUGCAGCGGUGUAAAGAAACACAAUAGGCUGAUUGUCAGUGAUCCAUAGUGUAUGGCACGGAUCCAAGUUGGUUAUACCUCCACAGCAAGGCAAGGUGAGAGAGCCUUAAACCUAUGCAAUGCGACAGAGAGACGUGCACUAUAGCUAGAGACACAAGGAGGGGAGGAGAGACACACAAUUAAUAGAUGGACGCCGAGAGAGAGAGAGAGAGAGAGAGAAUAACUCAAACAGCAACUGAAUAUCCUCUGGGGUGGGCAAAUGUGUGUGAGAGAGAGUGUGAUGGAGAAAGAGAGAGAGAUAGAAGAGGAGGGGGAGUGUUGCAUGCUGUGCCAGUCAGCGUAAAAUGAGUAAAGAAAGAGUGUCGUAUGGGUAGUGCCGUUUUUCCUCCUUUCUCUUUCUCUUCACACUCACUCGCUCCAAUGGUGGACUAAUACAUCCUUAUGCGCGUAUCUCUCAGGGGAUCGAUCGUCUGUCACAAUGGUGUUCAUCGGGACCACUCUUAAAUCUGUCAUUAAGUACUUCAAAAAGAAGGCGGUGUCCAGUCUUGAUGAGGAGAGCAAGUGGUCGGUGCACUACACAGCCUCCUGGCACCAACAGGAGAAUGUCUUCCUGCCAGGGUCCAGACCAGCCUGCGUCGAGGACCUUCACCGCCAGGCCAAAGUCAACCUGAAAACAGUCCUCAGAGAGUGCGACAAGCUCAGGAAAGAUGGCUUCCGCAGCUCCCAGUACUACUCCCAAAGCCCUGCCUUCUCUGCAGCCAGCCUAUGUGAGAGUGUGCACCUGGAUGAGGAGAAGAGGGAGAAGAAAAAGAAGCGGUUUAAAGUCCUAGACUGCCUAUCACAGUCUUGCCUCUCUCUCUGCUGUCAUUUGAGAUCUUGGAAAAGAAAGGCUUCAGAUUCACUUAAUGAGGAGGAGAAGCUUGUGUACUCAAUGCCGCCUCAGACCCCUUUGCUGGAUCACGGCUCUGACAUGGACAUCCAGAGAAGCUGGACCAACUGUCUACCUUUGCCUACUCCUGAGGAGAAAAUGAGACUACAGGCUCAGUCGGUGGCCACUGAUAUCAUUCCUAUCAACAUUACAGGUGAGAACUUUGACCGCCAGGCUAGUUUCCGUCGCUCCUUAGCAAACACUGAUACCAUAAUAAGAAGACCCAAGAGGGUGCAAAGAAGAAAGACAAUAACAGGAGUUCCUGACAACAUCCACACUGAAUUAGCAAAUAAAGAACAAGACUCUAGAUUUCAUUCCAUGUGUGUGGCAGAUCAGUACUCCACCCUCAGUCGAGUGGGAAGUGUAAACUCCACCCUGAGACGCUCAGACACCCGAGACUCAAGUUGCCAAACAGAAGAGGUGAAGAUUGUUCCUCCCUCAGUACGCAGAAUCAGAGCACAGAGAGGCCACGGAAUUGCCGCCCAAAUGGCCAGUGUUUCCUCCUCAAGCAGCAUUUCCACCAUGAGUGACUGUAAUGGUAUUAGCUACACUCAACUUAAUGACAGUGAUCAGAGCUUUCACAGUUUGCCACGACAAGGUUCUCGCGUCUCACAUCAACACUGCGAACCAAAGUACAACAGCUCCCCCUACAGGAUGAAUUCUGGCUCUAUAAGCUCAUUGUCCUACCAGUUUGACAUGCAGCAUGGCUCUUCAUCAUCACUGCAUAUGCUGUCCGACUCCAUAAGCAAUACAUUAAACAGCCCAAAGGUUGCUGAAAAUUUAAAUUACCAAGGCUCUGAUCAAAAUAAUAGCCCAAGCUUGUUCAAUCUCAGUGGUGCUCUACAGAACUCUAUUCUUUAUGGACGCAAAAGGACAGAGGAUAACCAGAUACAAUCACCUCAUUCUUUGACCCGGUUACUUAGUUCUGAUGAUGCCUCGUUGUCAGCUGUCUCCUCCUGUUACGAAUCCACAGCCUCCCUUUGUACAGGGAUCCAUACUGAGACUGAGUCCCAGUGCAGCACACUUGAUGGUAGAAACUGCAGCAGUCCUAAUGGUGUCCGCAGGGAUUCCAACUUCUCAGAGAGCAGCAACCAAAGCUGCAGCACAUUAACCACUGACCAGUGGACAUAUGAAGUUUCUCCAAAGGACGUCACCUCAAGUUGCUCCUCACCUGUCAGCCAUAUAUACAACAGUGAGGAACAUUCUCCCAGCAAGACAGACACAAGCUCAUUGUUCUCUGUUGACAAUGAAGGUUACUACACCUCCAUGCGUCUGGACUCGGGUUUGAAGUCACAUAGCCAUGGCUGCAUCAAUAAAGCAGGGGAUGCCAGGCACAAUUUGUACGAGUGCAAGGACCACCACAGUCAAGGUGACCAUACAAGUCUGCAUAGCAACCGCUCACUGACACGUAGCAUUUCACUGCGGAAAGCCAAGAAGCCUCCACUCCCUCCUGCAAGGACUGACUCCUUAAGGCGCAAACCCCAGAGGAAGCCUCACCAAAGUGGUUUGGUGCUUAAUGAGCAGUUUAUCUCCAGUCUCCAGCAGUCCUUAGAGCUUAAUCUAAAAACUAAUAAUUCAUCUUGUUCCGAACAGACACCGUGUGGUAGAUUUGAAGAUCCUUGGGUGCUCCGACCCAGAAGCCAGAGCACCAUAAGUGCAGCAAGCAGUGGGAUGUCUGCACCAGCUGCUGUAUGUCCAGUCACACCCACGCACAGCGACAGCAGCAGUCAGCGCUCAGACUAUGCAGAGUCAUGGGACUUCUACAUGGAUUACCCUGGUCCACAGUCCGACCAGGGUCUCUCCUCCCAAAUCACAAAAUCUGCAAGUGCUGAAGCGAAUCAAGGAGUCACGGGCAAUGCAUCCAACAACACCGGAUUCCCAUCAUCCCACUUCAACAGUAGUGGGAGUCAGUCAAAAUUGGCCUCAUCACCUGACAAGGUUCAUCGCCUGACAUCACCAUCAAGUGGUUAUUCAAGUCAGUCCAACACUCCGACUGCAGGCACUCCAGUUACUUCUCUAAUAAGAGCGAAGUCUCCUGCAGGGAGGCCAAAACCAAAAGUGCCUGAAAGAAAGUCUUCCCUGCGGUCUUCUGUGUCAUCCUCCUCUACAUCCCUGUCCUCCAACACCUCAGAUUCUAUCAGGAACAUCCCACCACCUCCACCUGACAUGACUUCUGCAUCAUGUGGGUCACCCAGCCCCGCUUCUUGCUCUCCAACAGCAUCUACGAUAGACCCAACCCCACCUCUUCCUCCUGUAUCUGACGUAUCCUCUGCCUUGGAAGAGAGACAUAAUUCACUUUCAGAUUCAUCGACACCUGAAGAAUGUGACUCUCUCGAUUUCCCCCCUCCCCCACCAAAGGUUUCUCAAUCUCUGUCAAGCAAUGAAGAUAUAAAUAUUCCUCCACCUCCUCUACUUCUUUCUCCCAAACCUUCAUUGUGCAUUCUAUCUUCUCUUCCUCCUCCACCUCCUCCUCCACCAUUACUUGAGAUGAAUCUUCAAACUUCAGCCAUUUUGAAGACAGAGAGUUGUCUUAGACCUACGAAGGCCGUGGAAAUUGAAAAAAGGCUGAACAUCAAAUACAAUGGAGAGCGAGAGAAGACUCAGAUACCAAUAAUCACUGCCCAAGCUCUUCAGAUGGUGCAGCUACGACCUGUCAAGCUCAAGCAAAUAGAAAAUAUCUUUACAGCAGUCAGUUUUGAUAAUUCUGAUGACCAAGCACACAACCAUUCUGAAACAAACUCAGGAAAGUCCCCAGAAAGUGAGACUCCAGAGCACACAGUGACUGCAAGCUGUGUUAGUCAGUCAGAAAAUGCAAAUGAAAUAUCUGAACAUAAAUAUUCAGUGAACAAAUCUAUACAAGAUUUCCCUGAGGCAUCAACUGGUUCUAUACCCCCUUGCCCAGAUGAACCUGUCAGCAAUACUGGGCAGAAUGUUCCAGAAUCUUCCCACAAGCUUCUGCAGUGCACAAACUCCUCAGCUUCUCUUCAAAGUUCUCCGCCAAAACAGAAGCCUCCUAUAUCACCUAAGAAGCCCAGUCUUUCCCUUAUUAUACCACCCAUUAUGCACCUACCUGUCUCUAACGUACUUAAGCUUCAACAGGUUCAUGAAGCACAAGAAACACUUGAGUCAGGGCAAGUGAAUGGUACAUCCCCAACAAACCCAAUUAAUUUGCAGGCAGUUCCUUUAGACUUUGAGGUAGAAGAAGAGAGUGACUCAGACUCUUCAACCCCUGUGAUCAAAAGCAGAGUGUCUCUCAGCAGUGAGCUGUCAUCAAGCAGUCUCCAAGACCUGCAACUCUCCGAUCUCAUUCUCCAUGAGCAUGACCUCAGCCUGAGUGAUAAAGACUUUGGGCUCUGUGAUGAUAAAAGCACAUCAGAUGAUGGUUCAAGCAGCAGCUCAGGAUCCAUCAGCUUUAAAGAGGAUGAACAUGAGGAAAAUGGUGCCGUGUUUGACUCGAGCUCUGAAAGCGCAUCUGGCAUUAACACUAUAAGAGAGGCUGUGGAGGAGAUGGUGACGCCUGUUCGCCCUCGUACAACAGAGGACCUCUUUGCUGCCAUUCAUAGGUCAAAGAGGAAGGUUCUGGGCCGUGGCGACUCUGAAGAGGAACGCUGCCGUAGCGUCCUCCCUUCACCACCUGUCACUCCAACCGGAUCCUGUCCCAGCCUACCUUCCUUGCCACGUCAGUCCGGCUCUAUUCAGCGCAGCCUGCGGCGCUCAACCACAAGCAAUGACAGUUUUAAAGCUCUGCUACUUAAGAAGGGCAGCCGCUCAGAGUCCAGCUUCCGCAUGUCAGCCACUGAAAUUCUCAAAUCCACAGACCCCCGUUUCCAGAGGGCUAAUUCGGAGCAUGGACAAGCUGAAGGACUGUGCACCUCUCCGACAAGCAUAAGGAGAGCACCUGAAGAGUGGGCACGUACGGAGGGAGCCUUGCCCCGCCUUACCGCUGGACUAACAACCCUAAAAUAUGGGCGUUCAAGCACACCACCUUCCGCAGCCAGCAGUCGGUACAACAGCCGCAGCCGCAUUCCUAGUGGGCCAAUGACUGCCAUCUGUGAAAGAGAGGGAGAGGUGGCUGAGUCUACAGAUUGCUGCAUUAGCGCAAAGAGUCAUUUCACCCUGACUAUAUCUGCCAGCAGCACGGUCUGUGCUCAAGGCAGCACUUAGGCUUCUCAACUCAACCCUAAUAGCUUGUAAGAGAUAGCAAUCCAUUCAAUAUGAAGACUGUAGAGGUCUAAACUCUGGCUGGAAGGCCAUGCUUGCGCUGGCCGAAAAUUCCCCAAGAAAUCAGGGUGAAGGGGGAAGUUUCUGUAAUUCUGUAACUGUAGUUUUGCUCUUUUCCUGAGAGUUUUGUCUUUCAAAAGAAAUUAGCGUUCUCAAAAAAAAAAUUUUAUAUUAACAGAGGGUUACUGGUUUGGUUUGAUCAAAGGUUAUUAGCUCUUAGUAUGAAGGUUAGGAGAACAAGGAAAUGUACAUUUCCUUCUUGGUGGUAAAUUGAGGAAAGAGUGAGUGGAAGCAGAAUGUUAUUGAAGGAUUUUGUGUUGAAUAGUCCAUGCUGAUGUGUUUUUGCAUCUGUGACAAUGGAAAGUACUUAACCAAAGUGAGCACUGAAACACUGAAUGCACGGAACCCACAUUGAGAUCACAUUUAUGGAAGAGGAGGUGUCAAUUAAGUACUGGCAUUAUGAAGCAUGAUAAGUUUGAAAGGGGACACAUAUGGUUAUGGUGAAGUUGCAAAAGAAUGAGUGUGGACAUAAAAUGGAGAUUUUUAAGAAGUGUUCAGAAAGACUGAUUUAAAAUAUGUAUAUUUUACGCACCUUUACAUUCUUAAUUUCUUUUUGAUUGUGUCGAACAAUCUUCAGUUAGAGCAAUGAGAGGAACGAAAGUUUAUCGGAACAUAAAGAUAUUUAGUAAUGCAAGUCAAUUUUUAACUAACUAAAUAGAAUUUUAUCUGUUUACAGUUAGACAAUAAUAAUAGUUCUUUAUACUUCAUCAGUGUAAAUAAUCCAACCUUUACAAAAGCCAGUUACCAACCAUUCUGUUUCAUUUAUAGAAACUGACUGCUUGUAUUUAGGUCAUAUUUCUAUUUAGGUUCUUCAAGAGCUGAGAAAUUCCUUGCCUUUGCCUGUCUCAUAUUUGCCCUGAUAUGACAAUUUGUACAUUUUCAUGUUUCUUAUUUCCAAAGGGAGGUAUACUGUUUAGUUUAAUUACUGUACUACAUGCUCCUGAAUGUUCUUUUUCCCGUAGUACUGAACACCAGCAGAAUGGUAGUAGAGAAAUGGUAAAGCCCCCGGGAAAAUGCCAUGUGACAUGCAAGAGUUUCUGUGAAAGAAAUAAAACAUGGCAUUAAUCUCAAAA